AUGGACAGAACAUACAAGACAAGCACAUCUCUCUCUGAAAUCCUUCGCUGGUUCACUUGGUUUAUGACUGCCAUCAAGUCUGUCUCUCCCCGUGCGUCCAGCGAGGAUUUGACCGACACAAUGACUACUGACUCGCUGACUCGACUCAGAAGCUGCUUUGAGCCAAAGGUUCCGAUUCAAAACAAAAAGGCCAAGAUUGAAAAGUAG